AUGAAGCACUCGGGGGAGCUGUAUUCUGCGAGUAUUUCUGCGGGAUUUGGCAAUUUAACGCCCUUGAAAAUCUGGUCGAGUUUUAGAAAUAGGUGUUCACAACUCUCUUUCCGGAGAAGAAUUGUGGGAAUUGUCAUUGCUGUUGCUGUGACUUUACUCUUAAUGUGGAUUACCUUAAACCCACCUAAAUUACUACAGCUGGAGCCGUGCCCUGAUGACUGGCUGUACUACAAGAAGAAGUGUUACUAUCAUUCAGGAGCCAUGGCAGAUUGGGAUUCCAGUCAGGAGUCCUGCUCUGCCUACGGAGCUUCCCUUGCAGUGAUUGACAGCCACCAAGAACUGGACUUUAUAAUGUAUCGGAUACGCACAAUAGACUUCUGGAUUGGGCUGCGCAGGAAAGGAAACAAAUUCUUCUGGGUUAAUGGAGAGUCUUUUGACACUAACUUAUUUCAUGUCAAUAUAACAAAUGACGGAGACUGUGUCCGUAUAGGUUCAGCCUUCAUCUCUACCAGAAGGUGCUCCUCACGCAGGAACUGGCUUUGCAGCAUUGGUCAGUUUAAUCCAAGACAAGCUCUUAAUAGGGAACGGCUGGCUGUGUAAACACAGAGACUUUCUCCACAAGAAGUUGGAAUUCAGAAUACUGAAAGUCCUUGCUGUAGGAGGUCCACAGGGGCAAGAGGAGCUGUGGCGAGGAUCAUACCCAAACUUCUCCAGGAGAAGCAAUACAGGGAGUAAUAGUGACAGUGAAGUGGCAGUACCGAGAGGAAACGAUGAUACAACGGCUGCUGCAAAGAACAGAAGUUGCUUCUUGGCAAUACAGUUUCAUUGUUGAAACUGCUGAAGGACAUGGCGAUGGAUACUUUUCUUGAGUACUCUUCACAAUUGCAAAACAUCAUUUUUUAGGGUAGCCAAGAACUUUGUUAGAUGGACAUGAAGGUCUCAGUGAAAAUGUAAUUCAUAGUGAACCCAAUGAUGUGUUUUUCCUGUUUUCUGUGGAACUCGGUAGUUCUUUGUCUGAGAACUUUCAGUUUGUCUUUGUAGUAAGCGGGUGAGAUUUCACAAGGUGUUUUGACUUCCCUCCCCUUUCUUUUUCCGUGGGGUUUUGAAAUGUGAUUGGUAUGUAAUGUCCAAGGAUAUAAAUGGGAGCUUUGUAAACCAGGAAGGCAGAUAAUGACUAUGUCUUCUAGUGAAUGGCACUGCUGUUACGGGGCAUAUGGAGUGGGACAGGUUACAAAUAUUCUUCUCUAUCCAUCUGCACUGAUCUGGAAACAUGACUGCUACUGCCCAAAACUUCCCUCUAUAUGUGGCUGCAAUAGGAAAGCUCCCAGACUGAGUCACGCCCAACUGUCGUUUUGGGAGGGCUGACAAAGUCAACUGGAUUUAGAAGGGGAGACACAUGUAUAUCUAGCAUGGAAAGGGUUCUAGGGCAGCUUAAAGUGAGGUGCUGUGGUGUUCAUCUGUUUGCCUGUGCAGGGGGAAAAAAAGCUUUUAUUGUCUCCAGCACAGCUAUUUUAUCCUUUAUCCUUUUAUCCUAUUUUAUCGCCUUGUGUGGGCGAGGAUAGUUUAACAGCCCAUGGGAUAGAUGCACUAGAGCUAAAUAGCAUAGCGCCCUGGAUUAAUCUGUUUAAAUUCUUGGUACGGUGCCCUGAAAAUGGGCAGUGGGGGCAUGGGAGGCUCACCUGGAAGAUCUGUGUUUGGUUCCUGUCUGGUCACUCUUAGGUUCAGCAGAUAGGUGUACAAUGACUCCUUCCCAAGAUACCUGAUUUACAAAGGGUGGUUACUGUCUUUAAAAAUGUGUAACCAGAAGAGAGGCCUUUUAAGCUAGGAGAAUGUUCUGGUCUGGAAACAAUACAGAGUUAAGCUCAAAGAAGCUCACAGGGAAGAUGAAGAGUCUGGCAUACUGAUCUUCAAAGAAAUGGGAAGAAGAAAUUGCGAAUUGCUAUAAAUGCACUUGGUAUUUAUCCGGAAGAGGUGCUCCUUUGGAGGGAAAGAAAUAGGUGAGACGAGAAACUGGAACAGAGUAUUCAAUAUAUCUUCAUUCCCCAUGAUAGUUCCCCAAGAAACCCCAAGGACAGAAGGGGCAGCACCUUGUAAGGAACCGUGGACAGGGUUCAGAUUGCCAGGGUAGGGAUCUGUUCCCCACCGUGUGCCAAAAGCCCAGUUAAAAGAGUCAGCAUGAAGUGCUAGACAGAGUGAGAAGUCUGUUUUGCUGUCUCUGUUAAUUGCCUUGUAAAUAUGCUAAUAAAUACUUCCAGUAGUUGC